CCGCCAAAAUAGCGGACAUAUUUGUGGGACGAGUCGAAUGAUUCAUACGACUUAAAUUUAACAACAUUGUUGUAAUCUCUUCAGGAGCAAACACUUGUGAUUUAGCGAAACAAGAGCGAGUGUCUGAACUUCGACUGACCGGAAUUUCUAACAGAUUAUCAAUUUUAAGCCGAAUUAUGCCUUUGACACCACAGCAAGCUGAAGAGUUUUGGUCAUGUGCCGACUGCGAUGGCAACGGUAAAAUGACUAUUAAGGAGCUGAAGGCUGCCAUGACUACAAAAUACAAUGCAAAUCUCAGCGAUGCUGACGUUGCAAAAAUAUUUUGCGACAUUGAUAAGAGUGGUGAUUCUGUUAUCACUAAGGAAGAGUUCAUGGACGAGAUGGUCAACAAAGUUUCACGCUCAGACGGUUUGUGCAAGUUGUUCAAAGAGUUCGACGUUAGUGGAGACGGUCAACUCUCUAAGGCUGAAGUAGGCAAACUGCUCGCUAGGUUCUUCAAGGAAAGAGAUCCUGAAGAGAUUUUGGAAGAAUUCCUACAGUAUGCUGACACUAGUAAAGAUGGUGUUAUCACUUAUGAAGAAUUCGAAGCUUUCUUCCGCUAAUUGAUGUGUCAUUCAUUCUAGUUCCAUAUUAUAAUAUUAAUUGAAUUUAUUUAAAAUUUAGAUUUAGAAAGAAUAUCACAAGCUUUAAAAGCACUUUAAUAUAUAUAUGAAAUAAAUAGACUAGAAAAAAUAAUAUUGAUGAUUAUUGAAAUAUUAGUAGUUUGUAAAAUCUUCUUUUUUUGUCAUUGAUAUCAUUAAAUACGCACAAUGUAAAACUUGCGUUCUUCUUACACACAUUGGUUAAAAAUACUCCAAUUUAAGAAAUCGAAAUAUCGUUAACAGAGUGGAAAACAAUUUCACGCUGGUCAUUUUCGGAUUCGGUUUGAAUUUAUUUAUAGAUGAACACUGAAUAGAUAUGAUGUAAAAUUAUCAUUAUUUAGAAACUUACAUUUUACUUAUGUUUGAGGCAAAUAAGUAUCAAAAAAGAGACAAAGCAGACAAUAUAAAAAAAAAAACUUCCACUUAAAGCAGGGGUUAUAUUAUAUUCUUGUUCAGUUCUGUAAAUGAUUAAAUCUACUAGACCUUUUUACGAUCAAUCUUUGUCAUAUUUCAUGUUCUAUUAUGUUAAGGAGCAUAUAAUAUUUAUUAAACAUUGAAACAACA